AGAUCACUCAACCUCCAUUCCGACAACGAAAUGGCGAGGAUUCGAAACCAGCUCGGUCGCGGGGGGGCUCCCGCUGCGAUCUGGAUCUCCUCCUUGCUUCUCUUCUACCUCGCAUUUAGAUCGAUCAAGGAGAAUUCCAGUCCUGAGUCAAUGGUGUUGGUCUCAGAUCAGAGGUCUAGGUUAUAUGAGAAGAUGUCCCGGGAUCUGGAUGAGAAAGGGGCUGCGUUUCUCAGAGGUGGAGAGACCUCUCAGUCGCUCUCCCUUUCCGAUAUCUUCGAUUUGAGAGAUGGGGUCGUGACGCCGAAGCUCAAGGCUGCGGAUCCUCCUGUUCGGGCUACUGUGCUUUAUAUGGGUACCGAUUUUUCGAUGCCUAUCUCGGAAGCUGUAAGAGAUGUAUUUCUUCCCUAUUUUGGUCAAGCUAUUUGGUUUCAGAAUUCAAGUCUCUACCAUUUCAGUAUGUUUCAUGCCUCCCAUCAUAUUACUUCUGUUGUCGCAACUGAUAGUGAGAUUGAAGCUGAGGCAAAUGCUAUCAAAGUUGUUGCAGAGAGCCUUUGUCCUUUGGAUAUUGUUUUAGAUAGAGUGAUAUUGACAUCAACUGGGGUGCUUCUAGGUUGUUGGCAGGUCCUCUCUGGUACAGAUCCUGUGACAAUUCGGAAAAAGUUGAAAGAUGCCCUUCCCCGUGCACCAGAAAAGCAAUUAUAUGAUCCUCUUAUACUUCAUACUUCAUUUGCAAGGGUUUUGGGACCUCCAAAGGUUCCAGUGGAGGAGAUGGAGAAGCCCUUCAAUCAACUUCAGUUUUUCCACAAUCUUGUUGAACGCAUCAACAGCAAGAUUCAUGGUUUUAAGGCAAGAGUAUCAGAGCUAUGGUUUGUCGAGGAAUAUGACGUCCUGGCACUAGCACUGAAUGGUAGAAUGAAUGUACACAGGUUUCAUCUCGGUUGCUCCCCGAAUUGAAACCUUUUAAAGUUGACUGUCGUAUGCGCUGCUGAUGGUGUAUGUAUCAACUUGUAGAUUCUGCAUUUGAUGUUGAGUGUUCAUAGUUUUCUUUCCACACUUUGUGAGUUCUUACCUGUAAAAGUACUAUUGACAUUUUCUAAGGAUGAAGUUAUAUUUAGGUACCAAAUAUACCCAUGUGUUCCUCU